AUGCCACUGGUUAAGGCACGCCAAUCAUCUGGCUCACCGAAAGUCAUUCCGUCAGUCGACGCUUCAUCAUUAAGCCAGUAUGAACCUUUAAACCCAUCAUCAAUUUAUUACGAGAUUCUUCGCCAGAAUAUGAUUAUUGAGAAGAUAAUUGGCAAAGGUGCCUUUGGUCAGGUUGCCAGGGGAAAGGUUAAAGGCCUACGUGAAAGACAACGUGACACACAGGUGGCUGUCAAAAUGUUAAAAGGUAGAAGAUAACUUGAUUAAUCACUGUGUAACUAAUAAUUUAAGAAUAGGAUAACUGAAAAAUAAAGGAAUGUAACACAAACGACUCACAAUGAAAACGCUCGUUUCCUCACCUUUCAGCUGACGCGCCGGACUCCGACAGGAAGGAUUUGCUAUCAGAGCUUGAAGUGAUGAAGACGUUAAAGCCUCAUCCGCACGUCAUUAAACUACUUGGAUGCGUCACCGAAUCUGGCAGGCUACUGUCUUUAGACAUCAAUUGCUAUGCUGCAAGUAAAGGGUCAUUCCUGUUAUUUUAAUUGUACCUUUUUCAGUCUGAGUCAAGUCUCUUUGUCCGUGAAUGACUAAAUGAAUACGUCGUUUUUUACUCAGAGCCCUUGUUAGUCUUGAUCGAGUACGUUCCGUACGGGGAUCUCCUGGGUUACCUGAGAAAGAGCCGUGGAUUAAACGACACUUAUUUCAUAGACCCAGAUAUCAAACCACAAACAAGUCUGAUGUCACAACAGUUGAUGAAGUUUUCUUGGCAAGUUGCUGAUGGAAUGAGUUACCUCUCAUCGAGAGCUGUAAGCUAAAAUAUUUGACUAUUAUGUAUUCAAAGUCUGGCUUAGACUGUCUCCAUUUUACAAAGAAAAAUUAUACAGACUAACAGUGAGGAACACACUCAGGUCCCCUCACUUUCAGCUACGUUUUGCUUUUGAGUUUUGAUAAACCCCCUCGACUAUGGCGAUUUCAUAAAAUUUAUUUCCGGCUGGACUGAUGUGGAUUAAAAUGCAAGGACGUGAAACUGACGGAGCUCUUGUUUGGACAAAUAUAUCCUAUCCAUUUGGUGUCAAAUCUUAAAAAAUAACUUCAAAAUUUACUGAAAUGUAACAGCAUUAAAGUAAGACAGAAAGAUCCGAACGCCUUAACAAGUCCAUGUGACUUGCAAGGUUUUAAGCUCGUGUGAAAUGAAAUCUCACAUUGCAGAUUAUUCAUCGAGACCUUGCCGCUCGAAAUGUUCUGGUUGGAGAAAAUGAAACUUGUAAAGUGACAGACUUUGGAAUGGCAAGAGAUGUGCAAGAACAAAAUAUUUAUGAAAGGAAGACAAAGGUUUGUAUUAUAUUGGAAACAAACCUACAGUAUAGGACCGGCACGCAAUCCUUUCCAUUACCUGUGGAGGAAAAUACGUAUAAGGUUUUGUUGAUUAUUUCGUUGCUUUCUAGGUUUCAUGCUUUAAGAGUUGCUCCCACAACUAUUGUCCACGAAGUUAAGGCAGUUUGUAUAAAGUUGAUAAAACAUUUGACAAUCCUGAAAAAGCAGAACAGACUAUAUUUUGCCGGUCACGAAAACAUGGGAUUACAUUGCAUAUUUUUGGUGGUUAUGCUUGUCUGAGUGUGGUAAUAUAAAUUCGUGCUUUGCCAAGCAUAAAUUUUUAAUUCAGCUGCAUAUAAAAGAAGAUUGCUAACUUUAUACCUGAUAAAAGUGUUAGAGAACGGCUAAGUUGCAGUGAAACUUUGUUCGGUUUUGUUCUUUGACACUUUUGUUCUUUCACAAGACAGGAAGAAAGUGUAAAAAACAAAGUUGCGUGUGAACGAAACCUGAGUUUUAUUUUUGCAGCAACCGAUUAUUUUGAAAAUUUAAGAUGGCCCUCUGACCUUUUAUUUCGGAGUAUAUUUUUCUACCGAUACAGGGAAGCAAGGACGUACAUUACUUUUUCAUUAUCUUUCACUUCCGCCUACUUUUUGCCAACACGCUAUUCCAUGUUGGUCGUCCAUUUGUCUUAUGGUCAUUUACUUUGUUGAUAUGCAGGGUCGUUUACCAGUGAAGUGGACUGCAUAUGAAGCCCUACUUUACGGACGAUACACCACCAAGAGCGACGUGUAAGAAAACGUUCUAUAUAUAUGCAUUAAUAAUUUGGUAUUUGCAGAACAGAAGCUCGUCAGUCGUGUCACGUGAGACGAAGGAAGCAUGCAAGACGGUUAAUGUCACUGGGGUAACCAGCGUCAAUGACGCAAAACUAACCCUCUCCCAUCUCUAAACUAGAAGUGAAAAAAAUGUGUAUUACGUGUAAAAAAACGCAGAACCUUUGCGUGUCUUUUUGUUUUUAUAGGUGGAGCUUUGGAGUCUUGCUUUACGAGAUAUUUACAAUUGGUAAGGUCCUAUAGCUAUUAACUUACUGUGGUUUUUGAAGUUUUUGUUAAAACAUAGAGAAUGUUCUGAAAGAAGAAAGGUAUUACGUUUCAACAUACUUUAGAACUGAAGAAUGCAUAUAUUAUUUGUAUAUAUUUGUGUUUACCGCGCAAAUUGCCAUCGAUAACUUGCUGCCGACGUUAAAACCCCCCGCAGUGCCAAAUGUGAUAAUGGCGAGCAACAAGAGCGCUGACCCACACAAAUGUCGUGAACAAAAAUCUGAAGUUGGCUGCUUUGCACGACGGGACGCUGCUUUCUAACCCAAGGAUUUUGAUGCCUUUCUUUUAACACAUAUUCGUGACGUUGAGUCAGAUCACUGCUCAAGUAGUUAAGUGUUUUAUAUCUGGAAAAUGGUUUAUUGGCUAUAACUUCGGUAAAGAUGAUGGCGCUGAAUCAAACUUUGGCACACAUAUAGAACUCAUCGCCUUUGACAUUUUACAGCAUAAACAGUGUGUUAAUCAGUCACGUGAUAUAUAACGUCAUCAUUUUACGAAAAAUCGUAAAUUACUGAUCAGUUGGUGGCCGGUUUAAGAAAAGAAAUCGAGCAAUACCAUCUUUCUUAUUCAUAUUAAAUAUUUCUGACACUUCACGUUUGGAAUGAUCGUCCAUGACACUUCAAGAAAAAAUUAUGAGAAAAACAUCAUCUUAAAUGUCCAAAUUUGAUCUUCAAUCAUUAAAAACGUGAAUUUUGAACUUUGCAUACAUUCAUUCCAAAGGCAGAAAGUAGAAAGUUAGGCAUGUUUAUCCUCUUUCAAAGUAUAUUCCCCACCUAUUCGCCAAUUUCCCACCGAUUCCCCACCAAUUGGCCAAUUUCCAUAUUUAAACGUUCAGACACAAGAACACCUCAAGAUUUACUUUUGGGGAAAAAUUUUUUUGUUGUAGGUUUCCUAGCGAGAGAUAUUGCCAAUCAUUCAUUCGAACACACCUUUGACCCAGUCCUUAAACCCCUUGAGUGAAAGAUUGACUAGUUGAGAAGCCUUUUCAGAUUUUCUUCUGGUUGAAAUGUUUGACGUGCAGGGAGACAACUGUCUCUCGCUACAGUGGCAGAGUUCUCUGAUAAUUUAAUACUGUUAUCUUAUCACAGCAAGUAUUUACACCAUGACUUACAUUGACGGCAGCUUUUAGUUCCCAUGAUGCCAAAAUGAGGCAGAUAAAGAGGCGGGUGUGUAAAUAAAUUGUCCUUACAGUCACUUCCAGUUAGUUCCUUCCAUUUUGAGUAAAAACAGCAACAACAACAACAACAAAUUUUGUGAGAACUCAUGCCUUGUAAUAAAGUGUUGUAACAACUGGUCACUUUCUCCUUUUAAGGGGGUUCUCCAUAUCCACGAAUGGAUGGCAGGAAGAUUGUAAGCUUACUUCAGGACGGAUACAGGAUGCCUAAACCAAAGCAUGUUGAUGAUGAACUGUAAGCAAUUCUGUGUCCGCUUCAUGGGUUUCGAAACAUCUUAUUCCUAUACUUAUUACCUCUCUCCAUACCAUUAAUAUCUAAUAGGAUCCUUAAGGAUCCUGCGAGGUUUUUCACCAGAAAUGAUUUUGGGAGUCGAAACGCCAGAAUGCUGAGGUCACAAUUUCCAUGUCACAGUUGUACGUACUUGUCGCGUUCCGGAGAUGAAGAACAGUCCAAAAGUAUCUUCUAGCCCUGACCAAUAUUAGCUUUUCAGGUUUUGCAUUUCUUCGAGAGAAAAUUUAGUGAUCAAGCCAAACUCCCGAAAAAGUUGGACUUAAAUUGAAAAUUUCAAUCAAGAUGAUGACUAUACUUUUCUAAAUCUCCUUUUACUCUAAUAGGCCACUUCCGAGGUCCAAAAACUCUCGCUUUCAAAACGAGACUAAGUGCAAAGGCUUAAGAUAACACGCAAAUGAACUAUUGGUAUGGACGAAAAGAAUUGUUGCUCAACAUACCAUGCAUAAUGUUUGUGUUGUGACAGGUACAAAAUAAUGAAACUGUGCUGGCUGGAAGACCCUAAUGCAAGACCUUCUUUUUCUGAACUGACAAUAAAGCUGAAAAAGAUGGAAAACCAACAUAAGGUACCAUUUAAACAAGAAACGUCCUAG